UUUGGGCAACGUACUAGCCUUAAAUGCGUAGCCGGUUCGUUGUGAUUGGCAAAGUGUUCCCGGGGAAAAUAUAAACAAAAAAUGUUAUAGCAAAUUAAUAUGGAUGAAUACGAAGCACAGCUACUGGUAGUUGAGCAGGCGCUGCUUGUAACCACCGACGAGCAGCAACGCGAGGAGUUAAGCGCACUACGAACAAACCUGGAGGAGCUUCUGGCGCUGACCAGAUCCAGUGAGACAGAAGCUACCAAUAACAUCAGCACGGCGCAGACUAAUGGCGACCUCGAUGACGAGCUAAAACGUUUCCAAAGCGAGUUAAAUGACCUGAAGGAGCAGGAACAGGAAGAGACGGAUACCACAGAUGACAAGCAACAAUUGGAAGAAUUGCGCGCUAAAUAUAAUGCUUUAUUGGGUGAAAAGUGUUCGGCACCACACGAGCAUAGCUGGGGUGCACUCAGCUAUCACAAUGCGCUCAUCUGUGGCGUGGACGAUGAAUUAAUUAUAGAUGGCAAUGGUAUUCUGGAUGUACGACUCCGUGUGCUCUUCACAAAUCCCACGCAUCGCGAGAUGCUGCCCUGUAACUACUACCUGGAGGGUGAAUGUCGAUUCGAUGAAAUUCGAUGUCGCUUCUCUCAUGGCGCCCUUGUGCCCGGAGCAUCUAUAAAGGAAUAUAAUGCUCCCGAUUUUCAUAAGUUGGCACGCAAUUGCCCGGUGCUGGCUAAAUUGCAGGAUCGCCUGUGGCAUCGAGGUCGUGUGCUGUGCGUUAAUUUUGUCGAACAGCAGUGUCGCGUGCGUUUGGAUGGUCAGGAGCACAAGGAACGCGAACGAGAUUUUCCCUUUGAGGAGCUCUUUCCGCUCAUCGCCGACGAAGAUGACGAGCUGUCUAGCGACAGCAGCGAAUCCCACAGCACUGAGGAUAGUGAUGCAGCGAACGAUUCCGAUAUGGAUGAUUUGGAGGCAGCGCGCCAGGCUCGCAUGGUCGAGCUCAGCUUGUUUACGUUCAAGCCAACCGAGAAAUUGGGUGCCUGGGAGCAGUAUACGCGAGGCAUUGGCUCCAAACUGAUGGCCAAUAUGGGCUAUAUACAUGGCACAGGCCUUGGCUCAGAUGGUCGCGGCAUUGUGACACCUGUGAGUGCGCAAAUACUUCCACAGGGCCGUUCGCUCGACGCCUGCAUGGAGCUGCGUGAGGCAGCCAACGGCGACAAGAAUUACUUCAGUGUGGAACGCAAGCUGAAGCGCGCCCAGCGCCGCCAGCAGGCAGCGAAUGAAAAGGCCUACGCACGCGAAUCCAAACGCACAGAUGUCUUUGCCUUUCUCAACGGUAGUGUGUUGGGCCAGGCUCAGAACUCCACCAAGACGACAAAGACCAGCAAUCUGCAGCAGCACUCAAAUAAAACACUUAAUGUGGAAACUGUGCGCAUUGCCGAUGACAUACGACGAAAGCAACGGGACAUUGCCAAAGUGCAGCAAUCGCUGGCACGGAAUGCAACCGAUGCACAACUGCAAAAGCGGUUGAAUGGACAGCUGCGAGCACAUCAACAGGAGCUGGCCACGCUGCAGGCGCAGGAGAGCAGCCUCAGCAAGGAACAACAGACCCGUAAAAGCAAAAAUAAAAUGUUUGCAUUCUAAACUUUCGAGAUGUGAUUAAGUUGAGAAAUCAUCUAAUAUUAGAAAGUUGCCUUAGGAACCAAGCGUCGAAAGUUUUGUUUGUUCAGACAGCUUAGCGAAAUCAUUAAUUAAUCUUUUCAUUUUGGGAACACUUAUUAAUACAUAUGUUUUUUUUCAUAUCUA